CCCCUCCAAGCUUCUCACAGCUUCUGGUUCCAGCUGUGAUGAAUUUCAACCCUGAGAAAGAAACACUCUCACACAUUUGAUAACAAUAGUAAAGACGUCCUUUUCAGUAUCAAUCAUUUUUUUGGAUUUCUCUUCACCAUGUCAUCGUCAGCAUAUGACCAUUCCUCGCCGUCCUCAAUUAGAAGUCCAAAGUCGACAGACGAGACGGCAUUACUUAACGGAGAAUCCUUCCACUGGGAGCCAUUUCGUGCGGGUGCGCCGGGGCCUCUUCCCUGGCUACCGGUUCGCAUACUGCCUAUUGUGAAAGGGGACCAAAGAAUCAUUAAUGGAUGGGAGUUGGUCCGGCCAUUGAUUGGACCAGUUCUUCGAGACUGGAAAAUCGACUACAGGAGCUUUACAAUCUUGCGUCGUCGCCCUUAUGAGAAUGCCACCUUCCAGCAUAAAUUCGAGUCCGACAUUACGCUGGUGGUUUCGGCGAAAUUUCAAUUCGAUGAUAGUUGGAAAAAUGCCAUCUCAGAGAUCAGGGCGAUCCUCAGGAGCAACGAUCUGGCCGAAGUUGUCGUGGAAUUCAUUGACCCAUGCACGGCGCCAUCGAAGAAUUUCCUUCCAAUAAUGGAGGAUGACCCCAUUGUCUCAGUAUGGGAGGGUAUGAGAUUAGACGUCCGCAAAGCACUUGAAACUUGUCCCUGGACAAGCAUCAACGUCGUGAGAAAAGAGAAAAUGGAUGUGUCAGAAGACAAAUAUCCUGUAACUAUCGUUGUAAUUGUCCCCGUAGACGAUCAUCGUCUGUUCGUUGAGGAAUACGAAAAGCUAAAGGCGAUAUGCAGGCGGUAUGGCUUCAGGGACAUGGAGGUCCAGAUCUUACAUGGCCCUGGUCCUCUGUGGCCAGGCCGCACUGUUGAACCUAUACUGUCAUCUGAUGCGUUUGUGAACCGUCUAGCAUCCGCGCUCGAAAUUCCCAGACCUGAUACGUAUAGCAGGCGAGUUGCAAUGGGGGUCUCCAUGGGACCGCGCGGAUCUGCGGACAUUCGAAAUGGAAGCUUUGGUGGAUACGUUGAGCUCAUUGAUCCAAAAAGUGGGAAGUCACAUGGGAUUUUCGGGUUGACGUGCUACCACGUCAUUGAACCUGCAAUUCCAAAGGAAAGACAGGCGGUAUACGCCGAACAGGGGAUUGACCCCAGCGAUAGCCUCGGACGGUCGUUGGUUCUCGAACAACCUGGCUUUAAAGAUCAUUCGAAGUAUAUGCAGACCUAUAAAGAUGACGACGUUGAAAAGGAACGCAUGAAGGUAUUUUGGGACAAUCAUAAGACGCUUGGUACCGUCUUUUGCGGAUCAGGACUCAGAAGAAAACUCGGAGACCACAUAAUGAACUGGGCUCUCGUUGCAGCAGAAAAGGACCGAAUAGGAGAUAAUUCACUUCCUAGCGGUCCCGAUAACUGGGCGUUUGAAUCGACGGAACAUUUAGAGGCGCGAAGUAUAUUUGCCGGCAAGUGCUUGAGCACGGUUGGAAAGCUUCUGGACGAGGAGUUUGUCUUUAAAAAGGGAAAAGCCUCGGGUUGUCAAGUUGGUCUCCGUACCGCAAUCAAAUCGGAAGUGAGAAUACCUGGAGACAGAGAAUCUACCGAGCAUGCCUUUGUUGGAUUAGCUAGAUCUGCGUUUGGCGAGGAUGGCGAUGCAGGUUCGAUGGUGUUUAGCAAAUCUGGCCAAUGGCUCGGCCUCUUUUGGGGAGGCGAUCCUUAUGGAAGUUUAUCCGGGACGUCCUUCGUGACUGAUUCUCGGUGCAUAAUUGAGGAUAUUGAACGAGUGACUGGAUGUCAGGUCAGAUUGCCAAGAUGAACUACUCCUUGGAAGGGGCAGAAAGGGCAUUGCUCUCACACAUCAACGU